GCAGCGGGCCGCGGGGAGGCGGAGUGGAGCUGGGAAAGUCGCGGGCCGGCUGCAGCGGGGCUGAGGCCCGUGUUCAGGGCGCCCUCUAGCGCGUCCUUUCCACUCGGCGGCCUCGCCGGUUCCGGAAGAUUAAAUUCACUUCUGAGGAAAAACAAACAAAAAAUAAACAGAGCAAAACAGAACAAAAAACAAGCUAGCAGAGUGGUCAGUAGCAGCUCAAUGGACCUGGCUCUGGAAAGCAGCGAGUUUGUGAACAGAGUGUGGGUCCAGUGUGAGAAUGAAAGCUGCCUGAAGUGGAGGCUGCUAUCUCCUGAGGCUGCGGCCAGGGUGGAGCGCAGCGAGCCCUGGUACUGCUUCAUGAACGCUGACUCCAGCUACAACAGCUGCUCAGUCUCUGAGGAGGAUUUCCCUGCAGAGUCUCGGCUCCUUGAAAGCGGGUAUAAGAUCGUCUACUCACAGCUUCCUCUGGGAAGCCUGGUUUUGGUGAAAUUGCAGAAUUGGCCAACUUGGCCAGGAAUACUUUGUCCUGAUCCUUUCAGAGGGAAAUAUGUGGCCUAUGACCAGGAUGGAAAUGUUGACAAGUAUCACAUAGAAUUUCUGGGUGACCCCCACUCAACGGCAUGGAUAAGUGCAACAUUUGUGGGGCAUUUUAGUCUCUCGUUAAAGACUGCAGAAUGUACAAAUAAAAAGAGGUGGUAUAGAAGUGCCCUCGAGGAGGCGUACCAGCUCUACAAGUGUUCUCCUGAGCAAAGACUAGACGUGUGCUGCCUGUCCAAACGGGAUAGAACCAAAGCAGGUGCCAAAGCUGCUGUGGUGGCCAGGAAAAGGACGCAAGUUUCCGAAAAUAAUAGUGAAAAGAAAAAGCCCAAGGUUAGAAAGAGGAAAAGGAAUGCUGUUUUAAGAUGCUCUGUUGAAAAUGUUUGUUCUGAUGAAGCCUUAUCAAAGGAAAACAUGGUUGUCUCUGAGACAGAAGGUUUACUGAAAGAACUGGAGAAAAUGCUGCAGCAGGUACAAGAACCCACAGCAAGAGCUGAUGAGCCAGGACAAGAACAGCUGUCUCAGUGCCACCUGGAAGCUCCCACAGACAGUCCGUUUCAGAGCUACCAUGAAGAGGACUGUAUGGUGACAGAUGGGACAGGACUAAAAGCUGGAGAAUGUAUUGAGAACAUUACUAACAAUUUAAAAAAGAUAGAUGCCUUAAUAUCUGAAUUUUAG